AGUCUCUACUGUCGCGAUUCAUUAUCAACGAGUUGUCUUUAGUUCUCGGUUUCUCAGCAACGCAAGACGUCAAAUCACCUGAAGCUUCGCGGACUGUCAGUUGUAUAAGGCAUAUAUAUUUACUUUGUACUUGUUGACAAAAAAAUUCAAGCUGCGUAUCAAGUUCGGUCGGAGAUUAGACCCCUUGCAAUCGUCCACAUCUCGUCGUCGUUCGAAUAAAAAAAAGCUUUAAUCAUCAUGGCUUCGUGUUUUGAAAAUUUUCAAAUGCCUACGUGUGUGUGGUUUUCCGAGAACGGAGAAAAGAAAAAUGCAUUGGUUGCGAUGCUCGCUGGAACACUGUUUUUUUUGGGAUGGUGGUUCAUGAUUGAUGCACAUGCAAAAUAUCCAUCUGAAAUGUCAAGCGCAUAUCACGUUUGUGGAAUUUUGGGUACAAUAUCACUCCUCAUGGUGAACUCAGUUUCAAAUGCUCAAAUUAGAGGAGACAGUUUCAAUGGAGGUUGCUUAGGAUCCACUGGAGCCAGAGGAUGGCUGUUCAUUGGAUUAGUGUUAGGAUUCGCUGCUGUUAUUGCAGCUUGUUGGAUUCUUUUUGCUGACUUCAUUGCAUCAACUGAGAAACAUUCAUGGCCCGGAAUUGGUUUGUUUUUACAAAAUGUUUUCAUCUUUUUUGGAUCUCUCGUUUACAAGUUUGGUCGCUCAGAAGACAACUGGGCUUAAAAAAUUGUUUUGACUCAAUUUUUUUAUUGUUUCAAAAUAAUAUAUAAGAACAUGUAUAUAAUAGUAUUUGUUAUUAAGAAUGUAAGAUUUUGAGAAUUUUUUACAAGAUUGAACCAACUUACAGUUCAGUAUAUGAAACCUAUACAUUUCUUGGAGCAUAAGAAUUUAUACAAAAAUCAUCUUCAAUGACUAUCAUUGUAAUUUUUAUGUCAAUGUUAAGAGCAGGAUGUAAGCCUGCAUUUACUUUUAUUCACUAUCUACUGUAUCUGUGUAGUUUGUAAGUGAUAUAGUGUUUAAAUAAUGCUAAGAUAUAUCAACAUUGUAAAAUACACUUUCAAUCAAACUGAAAUGUCAGUAAGUCAAUAAAGAUUUAAAAACAACAAAA